AUGGCCGACUCCGUGGAUCGCGUAUUCGUCCACGCCCUCAACACAGUCAAGAAGAUACCCAAGACGGGAGCCUCGCGGCCGCCUCCGUCCGACCGAUUACGGCUCUAUGGCCUCUAUAAGCAGGCAAUGGAAGGGGACGUCGACGGCGUCAUGGAGCAGCCCACGGCCGGCCCUGGGCUGACCGCGGAGGAGCUGCAGCGGGAACGCGACAAGUGGGAUGCGUGGAACUCGCAGAGGGGCAUCACGCGCACCGAGGCGAAGCGCAGAUACGUCGAGGCGCUUAUCGAAACGAUGCACCGCUAUGCGACAACCUCGGAUGCAACCGAACUGGUCACGGAGCUCGAAUUCGUCUGGAACCAGAUCAAACACAACUCUUCGAGCUCGACGGGCUCGUCCCCCAAGGCCGGGGGUUCGACCGGAGCCCCGCGGCAGUUCCAACAGCCCAUGAGCGGGAGCGACGGGCCCAUGAGGAUCCUCAGCCCGAUGAGCGAGCAGGACGAGGCCGAGCUGAGGUCACAACGACAGAUGGACCUCGAGGACGAAGCAGAAGCUGCAGUGGAGAGCGGCCGCAGUAACCGGUGGCAGAGGAAGAUGGAGCGCGCCGUCACGAAGCUCUCCGCCGAGAUUGCUGCGCUGCGCGAGCAAAUCACGACAGGACGGGAGUGGAAGUCGAAGAAGGCGCGCAGCUACCCCGCGUGGGUGAGCUGGCUUGCCUGGCUGGUGCUGCGACACCUGGUCAUUGACAGCGUCAUCCUCGCCAUCGUCCUGCUGUGGCUUCGCAAGCGAAAGGACAGGCGCCUGGAGGAUCUCGUCCGGGCAGCGCUCAAGAUCAUCCGUGAGUAUGUCAGAAAGGUUCUCCCGUCGAGGUGA